GGGGCGCCGCGGCGGCUCAGGCUCUCUUCCCGCAGGGCCAUACGUUCAGCGGGCUGUACUGGCUGCUCCUCCAAGGCGCUGCUGCUCAGCUGCCUGCUGUUUCUGAAGAAGGAGGCCCCGCGGACAGGCGGCCCCACCACCCGACGCCCCCUUCUGGGCUCCCUGGGGUCCCGGCGUGGCCAGUGCCCACCCAACCGCACAGUGGCCAACACCUCACUGGCCCUGCCCAGCCGUCACCGCCUCCUCUUGACCUACGGCCACUGCCGGAACUUCUCCAUCUUGCUGGAGCCCUCGGGCUGUGCCAGGGACACCUUCCUGCUCCGCCACGUGGAGCGGCGCGCGGCCAUCCGAAGCACGUGGGGCCGAGAGGGGAGCUGGGCGGGCCGGUGGCUGAAGCUGGUGUUCCUCCUCGGGGUGGCCGGCCCUCCAGCCCCAGCCCAGCUGUUGGCCUAUGAGAGCAGGGAGUUCGAAGACAUCCUCCACUGGGACUCUGCCGAGGACUUCAACCUGACCCUCAAGGAGCUGCAGCUGCAGCGGUGGGUGGCGGCCGCCUGCCCUCAGGACCACUUCGUGCUGAAGAGAGAUGACGUCCCCAAUGUGCUGGAGUUCCUGCACGGUCCAGACCCCGCCCAGGACCUCCUGGUGGGAGACAUCAUCCACCAGGCCCUGCCCAACAGGAACACCAGGGUCAAGUAUUUCAUCAGGCCCUGCAUGUACAGGGUUCGCCAUUACCCACCCUACCGGGGCGGUGGCGGCUAUGUCCUGUCCAGAACCACCAUGAGGCACCUCGGGCCAGCCGUGGAGGAGGCCAAGCUAUUCCCUAUCAACGACAUCUUUGAGGGCAGGUGCACGAAGAGGCUGGGCCUGAGCCCCACACACCAUGCCAGCUUCAAGACCUUCGGGAUCUGCCUGUACCGAGGGCUCCUGGUGCACCGCCUCAGCCCCCUGGAGACGUGGACCAUGCAGGCACUGGUGACAGAUGAGGGGCUCCCAUGUGCGGCUGCCCCCAAACCCCGGCACAGACAGCUGCUCUAGAGCGGGAGGACUCACUGCUGACUUGGGUGAGGGUCCCUGCUGGGCUACAGGAUGCACCCACUUCCAUUCUGUGACCUCUCCCUCCCCUGCAUGUGUGUCCAGAGGAGGCCGGGGCACAGCAAACGCCGCUGGAAACCACAGGGCCCAUGGGCACUGUCCCUCUGGGCAGAGAAGGAAGGAGGCUGUGUAGGCCCCAAAAAACACACACAUUCUUUU